CUUCGUUUACCUUCGUUCUUCGAUAAGAAAAAUAGAAGUUUCCAUGCUUUUUCAUAUCGUCGUGUGAAAUUUAAUAACUAUUUACAUAUUAAAACAUUAUACAAGUAUAUAAGUGUUAUUUAAAAAGCGCAAAACUAUCAGAAUAUAAAAUACCUUUCUUACAAAAUAGGAAUUGUGUUAAUUUAAUAUCCGUGGUUUCAAUAGAAGGAAGGGAUCAAACAUAUAACUAGACAACAUGGCCGAAGAUUUUGAUGUUGAAGCUAUGCUGGAAGCACCAUACAUAAAAAAUAAUGCAGCCAGUCGGGGAGACCACGAUGCCAGCAGCCGCAAGUCACCAUACAGAGAACAUGAGGAGAGUAGCAGUGGCAAGGGUGGAAGCAAAUCUUCAUCUUCAGUACAUUUGAAUGGACGCAAGCAUUAUUCAAGAAGUCGUUCGGGUUCACCACGUACUACAGAUAAUCGCAAGGGACGCAAAUCAAAGGACCGUGAUCGUCAUCGCGAUAGAGACGAAAGUCGUUACUCAAGAGAUAGAGAUCGCACUCGUGAUAAAGAUCGCGUACGUGAUCGGGAACGUAAUGGCGAACGCGAACGACGUUACGGAUCACAAGACCGCGAUCGUGAUCGGCAACGUGAUCGUGAUGCUGAGAAACGCCGUAGUCGGUCCAAAGACAAACGCCGCAGUAGUCGGUCACGAGAACCUGAUCGUCGUUCUCGAGAAAGACGUGGUAGUAGACCACGCUCUGAACGACGACGUACACGUUCCCCAACGCGGGAUCGACCCUCUAGAGAUAAAAAGUUAAGCCCAAUUCGUGAAUAUAAAGUUGAUCGACCUGGAUUUGGUUCAAACUCAAGAGAAAGAAGCAGGCGCCGUAGUAACUCUCCAAGACCAUUUCGACGCGGUAGAACACCACCCAACGGUCUUGGCGACAGAUCUCCUCGUGCCGAUCUGAGUCCAGAGGAACGGGAUGCGCGCACCGUAUUUUGUAUGCAACUGUCCCAACGCAUACGUGCCCGCGACCUGGAAGAAUUCUUCUCAAGUGUCGGAAAAGUGCGAGAUGUUCGCUUAAUAACCUGCAACAAAACAAAACGGUUCAAAGGUAUAGCAUACAUUGAAUUUAAAGACCCAGAAUCGGUUGCACUAGCACUGGGGUUGUCGGGUCAAAAACUACUGGGCAUUCCAAUUUCUGUUCAACAUACACAGGCUGAAAAAAAUCGUAUUGCAAAUGCUGUACCCACAUUCACACCUAAAAAUCACACUGGACCAAUGCGAUUAUAUGUGGGAUCGUUGCAUUUUAACAUUACUGAAGAUAUGCUUAAGGGUAUAUUCGAACCAUUUGGAAAAAUAGACUCCAUACAAUUAAUUAUGGAUACUGAGACUGGUCGAUCUAAAGGAUACGGAUUUAUUACGUAUCAUAAUGCGGAUGAUGCAAAAAAAGCUUUAGAACAGUUAAACGGAUUCGAAUUGGCCGGGCGACCCAUGAAGGUGGGAAAUGUGACUGAACGUUUAGAUAUGAACACGUCUUCUUUGGAUACGGAUGAAAUGGAUCGCAGCGGCAUAGACCUCGGUGCCACUGGCCGAUUGCAGCUGAUGUUUAAAUUAGCUGAGGGUGCUGGCUUGGCAGUGCCACAAGCUGCAGCCAACGCAUUACUAGCCACUGCACCACAACCAGCACCAAUUCAGACUCAGACUCAAACUCCGGCCAUAGCUACACAAUGCUUCAUGCUAUCCAAUAUGUUUGAUCCCCGCACAGAAAAUAAUCCGGCAUGGGAUAGUGAAAUACGUGACGAUGUCAUUGAUGAAUGUUCAAAACAUGGCGGCGUACUACAUAUUUUUGUUGAUAAGGCUUCACCAACGGGAAAUGUCUAUGUAAAAUGUCCAAGCAUAACCACCGCUGUGCUGGCAGUAAAUGCUUUGCAUGGACGCUGGUUUGCUGGUCGUGUCAUUACCGCAGCCUAUGUACCAUUACUGAAUUACCACUCUCUAUUUCCGGAUGCAAUAACAGCAGUUAAUUUGUUAGCUUCGAAACGAAAGUCCGGUGAAUAAGGCUACAAAGAAAUGCUUAGUCAUAAGUAUACGUAGCGAUGAUUGGCUUUCAAAUUUUAUACAUCGGUUGUUUGAUGAUGUUCACGUUAUGUUUACCAUGCAUUCCUGCUGUUCUAAUGCUAGAAAAGAUAUUCGAUCCACUUAUCAGAUUGCAUCGUUUUUGUAGGGACACAACGUCCUUGUCAAAUUAAUUGCAUGGGAUUUUAUUAAACAUCUGUCUAGUUAUAAUCAAAUCGUUAUAAUUUUUUCUCCUAAUUUGUAUUUUAGUAGAACUUUGAAAUUUAAUAUACUGUAUAAAUAUACAAAACCAUAUAAUCUGAACACUACAAUGAAUAAAAAAGACGUUUAAACUAAUUUUAAAUGAA